AUGACGCGGCGGAGCGGCCGGAAGAGCUCCUUCGGCGUGAGGGCGCUGGUGGGGCUGCAGGGAGGGGAGCUGACGGUGCCGGCGCACUUCCGGUGCCCGAUAUCUCUGGAGCUGAUGAAAGACCCCGUCACGCUGCCGACUGGGAUCACCUACGACCGCCGCAACAUCGAGGCAUGGCUGGAGGCAGGGCACGAGACCUGCCCGGUGACGAAACGCCUGGUUGCCGGCGGCCAGGACCUGACCCCCAACCACACCAUCCGGAGGCUGAUCCAAGACUGGUGCGUUGCCAACCGCAAGUACGGCGUCGAGCGGAUCCCCACACCGCGGAUUCCGACGAGCGCCGCCGAGGUCGCCGGGAUCCUGUCCGAGCUCGCCGCCGCGAGCCAGCGCGGGGAGGUCCCACGGUGCCUGGAGUUGGUGGGCAGAAUCAGGUGCCUCGCCGGGGAGAGCGAGCGCAACCGGCGGUGCAUCGUCUCCAACGGGGCGGCGGCGGUGCUAUCGGCAGCCUUCGCGGCCUUCUCGAGGGUCAAUGCCGGCCGGCCUGCGGAGGUGGAGGAGGAGAUCCUGGCGGCCCUCGCCGGGAUGUUCCCCCUCGGCGCGGAGUCGCGGUCGCAGUUGGCGGCGCCGGAGUCGCUGCGCUCGCUGGUGGGGAUCGUCAGCAACGGGGAUCUUACGGGGCGGCUCAACGCCGUGCAGGUGGUGAAGGAGCUCGUGCACACCGAUGUGGCCCUCGUCGGUGCCGUCGCCGACGCCGAGGGGAUGGCCGAGGCCCUGGUGAAGCUGAUAAGGGAGCCCAUCUCCUCUCAGGUCACCAAGUCUUCUCUGGUGGCCAUCUUCUACAUGGUUUCGUCCAGAGAGGCGACCGCUUCCAGGUUCGCUGCCAUGGGUCUGGUUCCUGUCCUGUUGGACGCCCUUGUGGACUGCGACAAGAGCACGACGGAGAAAAUCACGGGCGUUCUCGACGGGCUCUGCGGCUGCCGGAGGGGGAGGCAGGCGGCAUACCAUCACGCGCUGACCACCCCCGUCCUGGUUAAGAAGAUCCUACGGGUCUCGGUCAUGACGACCGAGUUCUCGGUCUCCAUCCUGUGGAAGCUCUGCAAGAACUCAGACAGGGAAGCGGAAACGGGAGAAGGGUGCCUGGCGGAGGCGCUACAGGUGGGCGCCUUUCAGAAGCUGCUGCUCCUCCUCCAGGUUGGCUGCGGCGAGGCCACCAAGGAGAAGGCCAGCGAGCUGCUGAAGCUACUGAACGCUUCCAGGUUGAAGCCGGAGUGCAUUGACUCCGCCGACUUCAAAGCCCUGAAGAGACCCUUCUGA